GACUGGAGCAUGUCAGCUUUGACUUUAAAUACUGCAGUCAGGGUGAUUUUUGGGGAUAAACUGGUGAUUUCAGAGGGUGUUUGAGGCUCUUUCUGGUGACUUUUAGUGUGAAGCGGAUGUUUUGAGGCGCUGAGCGGAGUCAACAUGUGGAGCUCAGCCCGUCGUGUCCUUCAGGAGCUUCUCAGCCAGCCUGCUGUCAGGAGCUUCUCUGUCACUUCUGCUCAGAACACAGUUAUUGUGGAGCGCUGGUGGCAGGUCCCCUUGUCUAAAGUAGGCUCCCCACCGAGGCUUCACCCUCGAAGACACAGAAUCUACAAGCUGGUUGAAAACACCAGCCAUGCUUGCAAGGAGAAGAUGGAGCUCAUCCUAACCCAGACUGUCCCAAAGCUUGGAGGGCGAGGAGAUACCGUGUUUGUCACAAAGGCUGUUGGCAGAAAUAAGCUGCUGGCUCAAGGCCUCGCUGUGUAUCCAUCACCAGAGAACAAACUGAUGUUUGCUGAGGAGUUAAGACUUUUGCGUGAGGGGAGGCCAGAGGACAGAAUCCAAACCCGCACUGGACAACUGACAGUCGCGUUCAUUAAACGUUCCGAGUUGAAGAUCAACAAAAUGCCGUCUGAUGAAUUCAAGCUCACUAAAGAAGUCGUCUGCAGACAGCUUCUCAAGAAGUGGGGUCUUGUUGUGCCACUUCAUGCGUUGAAACUUCCAUUUGAGCCAAUCACAGACCUGGGUGACUACUGGUGUGAAAUUACGGUUAAUGGAGUGGACACGGUUCGCUUCCCUGUGUCACUGGUGCCGUAUGAAGACCCCUCCGCAAAUCAUCAGCGGCUGUUGAAGGCACAAAGUCGGCAGGAGGCAGCCGCAGAUGUUGCAGAAGCUGCUGAUGAGGACGAAGCUGUUGUGAAAGCAGUUUCUGAGGUUGCAGCAGAAGCUGAGGCUGGUAAAGACUCUGUGAGUCAAGUUAGUGAAGCUUCAGCCUCAACAGGAGCUGCUGACGCCGAGCAAGCAGCAGCAACGACAAAGACGAGUCCAGAAACAACAGCACCACCAAGUGACAGCCCGAAGAAAGAUUAAGGACUGAAAAUGAAGAUGUCUAUAGAAGAACAGCAGCUUGUAUUUACCUACAAUACACAUUUCAACGCUUUGUUUUUUUAAAUUGUUUUGUCAAUCCAACACAAUCUCUGUCCAGUCAGUUUGUGAUCAGUGUUCUUCUAGUGGAUGUGGCCAAUACAAUAAUGUAUCUAGCCAUAAGAAAACAUUAAAACUGAGGUUUAAUCCAAUACUGUAAAUGUGCAGUGUUUUAGUACUGUGGAAAAUAAAAGGUUAUGUUGCCUC